AUGCCUGCUGGGUUAAUAACAGGGCCCGGCCUGGUGACGGCGCGCUGGCUGGAUGCCCCCGGGCUGAGACGCUGUGUCAUUAGCUCCCGGAGACAUGUACAGAUUCUUCCACUUCUUUGUGCUGCCUGUCAUCUCACGUUGGCUUUUCCCACCCAAACUCCAUCCGCCUCUGGUGAUGCGCAGCAGCUCCGGGUGAAAAUCCCCCACCCGGGGCCAAUCGUCGCCCCACUGGGCAGCUCUAUCUCCCUCCCGUGCUCGGUGUCCCUGUCCUCUGUGCCCGCCACCACCUCUUCCGCCCCCAUUGCUCCGCGGGUGAAGUGGACGGUGGUGUCCGGCGGGGUGGAGACCCAGAUCUUGGUGGCGCGGGGUCAGAGGGUGAAGGUCAACGAGGCGUACAGGGACCGCGCCGCCUUGCUCAACUACACGUCGUCCCCCGAUGACCUGUCGCUGUGGCUGGGAGAUCUGCGGUCCAGCGACUCGGCCCACUAUCGCUGCGAGGUGCAGCAGGGCCUGGAGGAUGCCAGCGACCUCGUUCAACUCAAGGUCAAAGGCGUUGUCUUCCACUACAGAGACGCUCUGGGUCGCUAUGCCUUCUCCUUCUCCCAGGCAAAGAGAGCUUGUGAGGCCAUUGGGGCACGGAUUGCCACCGCUGACCAGCUGCUGGCGGCUUAUUACAACGGAUAUGAGCAGUGUGACGCGGGGUGGCUGGCAGACCAGACCGUCAGGUAUCCAAUCCAAGUUCCCCGUGAAGGUUGCUAUGGAGACAUGGAUGGUCAGCCGGGAGUGAGGAACUACGGGACGAUGAAUCCUGAUGAUCUCUUUGACGUUUAUUGUUACGUAGAAGAAGUUUAUGGGGAGGUUUUCCAUGACUCCAUCCCGCAGCACUUUUCAUUCGAUGAAGCGCAGUCGUACUGCAGGGCUGCCGGGGCAGAGCUGGCUACAACUGCACAGUUGUACUGGGCAUGGAGUGAAGGGCUGGACCGAUGCAGUCCCGGCUGGCUGUCCGACGGCAGCGUCCGCUACCCCAUCAUAGUCCCAAGAGACCGCUGCGGUGGGCCUCAGGCGGGCGUGAAAACUCUAUACCAAUUCAGUAAUCAGACUGGAUUCCCAGAGCCCACAAGCCUUCACGAUGUUUAUUGCUUCAGAGAAAACAGAAACCCCUCCACUGACUCGCCAAUGAGCCUCUUGACCACAGAAGCUGAAGACAUGGGACAAGACAUUGUUAUUCUCGUGGAAAAUGAUCAAGAGCUUCAUCUGCAGCAAGCGGAACACGUGGAGCGAGAGGCCCAGAGUGUGCUUGAAUCUUUGCCAUUUUUCACAGGCCGGUUUACUGAAGAAAACCUGGCUGAUGCACAAACAACGGUUUCAACAGACACAACCUAUUCUCCGCCCAGCACCACAUCCACACAAGACUCUGAUCGGUCAUUUGACGAAACUCCAUCGCCCACAGAAACAAGCUACGACUCACAGCCAAUGAACAGCACAAAGAGCACAGAAACACUUAAUUCAACCCAGAAUGCUUCAUUACUGCCUGAUGUUCACAAUGAGACAGACUCCCACCAGAACGUGAGCUUCAGCCUCCACCAAGCUGAGUUUGAAGGAACAUCAUAUGAGCUUGAGCUGGAAAACCAAACUGUGGUGGAAACAAACCCAGAGGAGAGUGCUGAGCUGUCAGAACAGUCCAAAGAAAUGCCAGACAGAAGCUUCAACAGCUCACAGGUCAAUCACACGGAGACAGACAGCAACCGGACACAAGACGAGGCUUCUUGGGAGGUAGUCUCUCCGACCACUGAGGCUGCGCUGCAGGUGAAGCUUGAUGAGGCAGCAGUCGAAGAUCCGGUGCAGAUGUUGCUUCCAACCGAGUCCUCAAAACAAGACGGAGUGCUCCUCACACAACCAGCACAAACCACCGACAUUAUGAUCGAGGCACAAACUUCCCUGUGGACCCAUAUGGAUGGAUCUGGUGACACCUCUCCAGAGAGCGUCCUGGAUGUGGAAGUGAUCAGCAUCCUCUCCACCUCGGACUCGGCCACUCCUGCCGUUAGUUCCUCUACGAUUCCGUCUCUUUUGGCGUCAACCACUGGCGCUCCUGCUGAACCUUGGACGCCUCGUUCAGAUCCAACCCAGUCGACUGACUCUCUGGGAUCGAACAUCCACUCCACUGCAACAGCACUGUGGGAGUCCUCCAUGACUAGACAAGAGGGAAGCACAAGCUUAGAAACUGAAGACACACACCCCCUGGAAAGUGAACAAAGCCCAGAGGACCACAUUGUUUCUGGAGAGAGUCUGUCUACCACUGAGUCUCCAGAGACCGUGAACGCCUCUCAACACUCGUCGACUGAUCCCACUUCAGCACAAUACCAAACCUCAGGAUACAGAGUGGGGUUCGAUAUCCUAACCGAUGUUUAUGAAGAGGCGAGUGGACAUGACAGUGAUACAUUUGGAGAAGACGUCAAAGUUAUUCCGACUGCCGAAGACGGAAUUACAGGUUCCUCAGUCCUCGAAGAAGUGACCAACAAUUCUUUGUCUUUGGAAAAUGAAAUCCGAGUCACUCCAACCCUUGUCCCUGGAGAGGAAAUCAAUGAUUCCUCAGUGGUUGACGACAAAUCUGGUGAAACCUCAACCCUUGUCCUUGAAGAAGAUGAUGUUGGUCCAACCCAUGCUGCUGAACAGGGAACUCCUGUUGUUCCAACCAUUGUCUUUGAGGAAGAAAGUAAUGUUUCCUCAACUCUUGAAGAAGAAGAAAAUGCUGGAGAAGUCCUUAUAAAUGUUAAUGUUACUCCAACUGUUAAUGAGGAUAUUAACAUCAGUCCAACACUUGAAGAUGAUGUUAAUGUCACUGAAACCUUUGAUGAAGUGAUUGACAUUGACCUAAAUCUGGAAAACCAAGCUACCAUUCCUCCAACAAUCAAUGAAGGUAGCAACAUUACUCCAACAUUUGAAGAUGAUGUUAAUGUUACUCAAACAUCUGAGGAAGCAGUCAAUGUUGAUCCAAGUCUGGAAGGCAACGUCACCGUUCCUCCAACCCUUGAAGAAGAUAUUAAUGUUGCUCCAACCCUUGAAAACAACGUUAAUGUCACUUCCAACCUUGAAGACAUGGUGAAUGUUCACCCAAACUCUGAGGAUGAAACCAAUGCUACUCCACAGACUGAGGACGAGUCUGACAUUGACCCCGCCCUCACGGACUUCACUGUCUCCUCUUUGGACUCUCACACGUCAAACUGGGCUCCCUUGACCACCACCGCCGGACCCCAGGAGUCACAGAACGGUCUUGAAUACAGCCGAGAAACCUCCACAUCAGGCCUCGACUUCUUCCUGAGUACAAGGCCAACUGCUGCGUCGGCAAAGACGACCGCCACUGGCACCGUCAGGACCACCACGCACUGGUCCAGACGCUCCUGGAGCCCGGCCACCACAACGCAGAAGGUGACGCACACCAUCCCGCCAGUGGAUCACGGUCUGGCGGACUUUGAGAUUAGUCUCACGCAGCCUCCCACCCUACUUAUCUUGCCCAAUGAACGGGCGGCUGUAGGUGGUACAGGGAAAUCUUCAGAUGCGUGUCUGAAGGACCCCUGUCUCAAUGGAGGCACGUGCACUGAUGGAGGAGGACAGGUUAAAUGUCUCUGUUUGCCAACAUAUGGAGGAGACUUGUGUCAGAUCGACCUGGAGCAAUGUGAACCGGGCUGGGAUAAGUUCCAUGGCUUCUGUUAUCGCCACUUUGGCCAGCGUCAGGGCUGGGAGGUCGCAGAGCAGCACUGUCGCAUGCUGGGAGCUCACCUGGUGUCCAUCAUGACCCCAGAGGAACAGAGUUUCAUCAAUGACAACUACAAGGAAUACCAGUGGACCGGUUUGAAUGAUAAGACCAUUGAAGAUGAUUUCCGCUGGUCUGAUGGAAACCCGCUGCUGUAUGAGAACUGGUACAAAGGCCAGCCGGACAGCUACUUCCUGUCAGGAGAGGACUGCGUGGUGAUGGUGUGGCAUGACGAAGGCCGCUGGAGCGACGUUCCCUGCAACUACCACCUGGCGUACACAUGCAAGAAAGGCACCACCUCGUGCGGUCCACCACCAAAGGUCCGAAACGCCUCCAUAUUUGGGAAACUUCGACAGAGGUAUGAGACCAACGCAGUGGUGCGUUAUCGCUGUGCAGAAGGUUUCCAUCAGAGACUCAACCCCGUGGUGACGUGUCUGUCUGGAGGCAUCUGGGAGAGGCCUCUGAUCCGCUGCAUCCCCGAGGCUGGAGGACCAACACAGCACCCUGACGUGAUUUCUGCGACUAACAACAACUACGCUGCGGCUGAGGAGGAUGAAUUUGAAGCGACGAAAAAGACACCGCAGUACUGGGACAUCAAGUUUUAAGACUCCCUUUCCUGGUCUUAUUUUCCUAAUCUCUGCUACUGUAACGUCACGAGGUGCAAAGAACCGAGAGCUUUUACCAAUGAAUGCUCAAACAGGACAAACUUUAAAAACAGAAACACAAAGACACAAACUGGGGCUUCCGAGACACACAGAGCACAAACAGUCAAACAUUCCCAUUUCCUGUCCUUUUUAGGAUGAAUUGUAAUGUACUUGGGAGAUUUUAAAUGCUAAAAGGCAGAAAUUAAAUGUACUUGUAAGUAUGUGAUGAACGUUUUUGUGGAAACACAAAAAGUUUAAGAUGAAACAACAUAUCAACUCAAAAUCAACACCUAUUAUUGUGUUUUUUCCAUGAUACUGAGAACCUUUUAACAACAUGGUGCUAAAGUAUUUGAAGCAUUUAGUA